UUUGUCGGCGCAGGGCUCUGCGGUCAGACUGACAAAAAUCGUGCACAAUUUGUGUAAUUCAGUUUAAGCGUAUUUAAUCAUCUAUUUCUUUGCAAAAAACCCAAUGUAUUAGACUCGAAAUAUGUUGUUGUUCUGCCCUCAAUGCAGUAAUAUAUUAAUGGUAGAACAAGGUACCACUGGACAUCGUUUUUCCUGCAACACUUGUCCCUAUAUAUUUAACGUAAAUAGGAAAUCAUCAACAAAAACUUUUCCACGUUUGAAGGAAGUUGAUCAUGUUAUGGGCGGUGCAGCUGCCUGGGAGAAUGUAGAUUCUACUGACGCCGAGUGUCCUUCUUGUUCUCAUAAGAAGGCAUACUUUAUGCAAAUGCAAACACGUUCUGCUGAUGAACCUAUGACCACUUUCUAUAAAUGUGCUAAUCAAUUGUGCGGUCACAACUGGCGCGAUUAAGUUUAACUUACAAUAUCAUUAUCAAGUAAACGUUUAAUUAACAAAAACUAUUACCUUGAUGUCCAAGUUGCCAAAAAUUAUAAAACAAUUUUUAAAAAUUCACCCAAGUUUUAAACCAUACACCACAAUGCAGUCGUUUACCGAGGAGCUGCGGCAAAUUGCUGCCAUCUAUAAAGUGGAAGAUCCCCGGAGUAUAACAAUCGCUGUAAAUUGUUUAAGAUCCGGAAACGUUAUAGCUUUACCCACAGAUACGGUAUAUGGUCUAGCAUGCGACGCCAACAACGAGAAAGCUAUACAAAAUUUGUACAAUAUUAAGGGACGAGACUUUCAUAAACCGGUGGCUAUUUGUGUUAAAGAUUUAGCAGAUUUACGCAAAUAUGGCCAAGCAGAACAUUUAAAUGAUUCUUUACUGGAGCAGUUAUUGCCUGGAGCUAUUACCAUAGUGAUAGAACGUUCAAAACACUUAAGUAAUCCAUUUCUAAAUCCAACAACAAGUAAAAUUGGUAUACGCAUUCCUGAUUUCGAGUUUAUACAACAACUAUGUGCUAGCUUUGAUGAACAACCUUUGGCUCUGACCAGUGCCAAUCGUUCUUCGGAACGCAGCAGUUUAAAUAUUAAAGAAUUUGAUAUUUUAUGGCCACUACUGGGCGGUAUAUUCGAUGCUGGUCAAGUUGGUUUAACAGAAGAGAGACGUUCAGCCUCCACUGUUGUGGAUUUAGCUACGCCGGGUUUGUUUAAAAUUGUGCGGGAAGGUGUAGCUUUAAAACAAACAUUAGAUGUAUUACACGCUCAUGGCCUUAAAUCAUUUGAGACUACGAGGGUUUAGUUGUUAAGUUUUAGCAUACGAGUAAAAUUAUUAUAAUUUUUUUUAAUUGAAGUUGUGCUAUAUUUAAAAAAAGUUGAUGUAAGUGGAAAUAAAAAGAAAAAAUCUAAGGGAUCUGAUAUCCAAAAAGAAUCUGUCUUAUAAAUUAAAAUCUUUAUAAUGCAAACUAUUGGCCUAAGCUUUGUAUGAGCGUAAAAAAUAAACCUUCUAAAGUUUCCUUUUCUCAUA